AGCAGUGCUGGAGAAGUAAAGCUGUCUGCCCAUGUAAAUUUGUAAACGAAGCAAGUGCAGCAGGGGCUCAGGGGCGACCGACCGUCGGAAGGUGGCUGCAAUCGACCUGCCAACCGCCCCGACCCGCGCCGCGCACGCAGACGAGCCUCUAAAAAUUCCAAAACAAGCAGGGCCGAGCACGAGGCUGCCUGCCAGGGCCGGUCACUCCCUUUCUCUCGGCUGGUGCUGGUCUGGAUCCUCCACACGCCGCUCGCUGCUUAAUCCUCCUGCCGCGCUGCUCUCCCGUCUUGUCCAGUCUCCAGUGGAGGUGGAGUGCAGAUCCGUCCAUCCGUACGUGGAUUGGUUUCUUCUUUUGCUGGCAAAUAAGUAAAAAGAUCCUAGCUUACUUGGGUGGAUUCCGUUCUUUUUUUGUAAGAGUUGGUCUUGUUACCAUUCAGAUCCAAAUCUCUCCCUCCCUCUCUCUCUCCAUUCAGAUUGUUGUGGAUUUGUGUGCUGCGUGCACCCAUGGUUUGAUUAAUUAGUUUCUUCUUCCUCUUCUCCAGCUCUCAAGAUCAACACCACAGGAUUUGUUGGGGUGUUCAACCGAGCUCCCAUGCCCAGCGCCAAGUCCGCCACUGCGCCACGCAGAUUGUGGAUGUCUUGCAGUAGUCACCAUUGCUGAGCUUAUCCUGUAAAGAUUUGAUUUUUCUCGCCCCAACCUGUACUUGAUGAUCAGAAGAUGUCAUCAAACUCCAGUCUAACAGAAUCUCUCCAUGAGAGAACAGUUGUCUUUGGCCUUAAACUUUGGGUUGUUAUUGGGGUUUCUGUUGGAGCGUCCCUCUUGGGUAUUCUUCUCAUACUUAUCAUAUGCAUCACCAUCCAGAGUUGUAUCAAGAGGUCACGUAGGACAGUCAUUGAUCUUCCAAUGACCCUAAUACCUUCUGCGUGCAAAGAUAUCAAGGAAGUAAGGACGGUGGACCAGUUUCCAGCAAAUGAUUUUGUUGUACAUGAUGGGCUUCUACUCGCCAUUCAGAAUGAGCCUGACCCUGUUGAUUCAGUCAAUAGAGAAGCAAUUCAGUUGGCUCAGGAGGAUAAGUCGAGACAAAGAGAAGAGAACAAUCAUUCUGGUUCUUUUCACAUUACGGAUGCCUGUGAUGGCAUUCAGACUGUUUCCAUCAAUGAACAGUCUUCAACGCAUGCUACUGUUGACUCUGCGCCAUUGGCGGGCUUACCUGAGUUUUCGUAUCUUGGUUGGGGCCAUUGGUUCACUCUCAGAGAUCUCGAUCUUGCAACUGACCGUUUUUCAAAGGAUAAUGUAAUUGGUGAGGGUGGAUAUGGUGUCGUGUAUCGUGGCAGAUUAUCAAAUGGCACCCCAGUUGCUGUCAAGAAAAUCCUUAACAAUCUAGGGCAGGCUGAGAGAGAAUUCAGAGUGGAAGUUGAGGCAAUUGGCCAUGUUCGACACAAGAAUUUGGUCCGCCUUUUGGGUUACUGUGUUGAGGGUACUCAAAGGAUGCUUGUGUAUGAAUAUGUUAACAAUGGAAAUCUCGAAAGUUGGCUUCACGGAGAAUUGUCCCAGUACAGCUCUCUCACUUGGUUAGCUCGCAUGAAAAUUCUAUUGGGCACUGCAAAGGCCCUUGCUUAUUUGCAUGAGGCAAUCGAGCCAAAAGUUGUUCACCGUGACAUCAAGUCCAGUAAUAUCUUGAUUGAUGAUGAGUUUAAUGCCAAAAUAUCAGACUUCGGUUUGGCCAAGAUGCUUGGUGCUGGUAAAAGUCACAUUGCUACUCGAGUUAUGGGUACCUUUGGCUAUGUCGCGCCUGAGUAUGCUAAUAGUGGACUUUUGAAUGAAAAGAGUGAUGUUUACAGCUUCGGGGUUGUUUUGUUGGAAGCUAUUACAGGUAGAGAUCCAAUUGACUACGAUCGCCCUGGAAAUGAGGUAAACCUAGUUGAUUGGCUUAAAAUGAUGGUUGCCAAUAGACGUUCUGAAGAAGUGGUAGAUCCAAACCUGGAGAGAAGACCUUCGACGAAGGAGCUCAAACGUGCCCUUUUGACAGCUUUGAGGUGUAUCGAUUUGAAUUCUGAGAAGCGACCAAGGAUGGACCAAGUGGUCCGGAUGUUGGAUUCAAAUGAACCCAUACCUCAAGAGGAAAGGAGGCACCGACAGAACCGGACCCCUGAGAAUUCAGAAACCGAGCCAUUGAGGGGCAAGAAUAACAGUGGCAGGAGUGAUGCCCCUGAGCGUGAGGUGAGGCCACCUCGGGUGAAGAGUAAAACAUUUUCGUCCAAAUGAGGGAACAAGCAAAGAAAAGCAUACUAGGAGAUAAGAUAAGAGACACCUGGAGUGCUACGUGCGAGAAACACAUUGUGGGAAGCAUGAUAUCUCGAUUCAACAGAAAACAAAUUGACUGAUUUUUAUUUCUCUCGGAACGGUGACCGAUAAUGCAUUUUUUUGUAUUCCUUGACACAUGUACAGUGGUGUGUGAUAGUCGAAGGAUGUACAGUACUAGUUUGUAAAAGCUUUCAAAAAGAUGGCUGGGUGUGGUUGGUGACAGGAAUGGUUGAGAGUGGAUGCUGGUAUGAAGUAUGAGAGUGCGAAAAGGGAUCGGUCGAUGUAACAUUGGGUAUUGUUUGUAUUAUAUUGUUUACUCGAAGAGUAUAAAGAGAAGAGAAAAAAAUUCAUCU